AUGCGCCAGGCGUUGAGCGCUGGGGACUGUGCCUUUGUGGCGGUUUUUGCGGAUGAGCCCAGCCAGUUCGGGCUCUUGCUCCUGAAGGACGUGGAUGAGACGGUCUUCGUCACGGACCAUGGCAUGGCGGCGGAUGGCUCCCUGAGCCAGGUGGGCUCCGUGACGAAGCAGCACGCGGGCAAGGUACCUGCGGGCACCGUGCUCAAGAGCAGCGACUUCCAGGGCGAGGGCGGUGUCUCCGGAGAUCACUUGGUGGCCUUCACUGGGUCCAAGGAGUCCCCGACGUUGCUUUGCGCGGUGCACAUGGAGGAGAUGGCUGGCGGUGUGGCCUCACGCAUGCUGUCCACCCUCGAGGAUGGCGUGUCCGCAGUGACGCUGCCGGAGGCAGACAACGCCUACUACACCGGGCCUGCCUUUGGCACAGUGGAUGAGCUUCGCGCCGCCAUCAACGACCGGAGCCUCUGGACUUCCGAGAACCUGCGCCCCGAGGACGGACGCAUCUUGAGCAGCUUCGUGAUCCAGAGUGGCGCCAACACCACCACGGCGGUUACUCAGACCACGACCUUCAUGGCGAAUUCCACCAGCAUGACCACCACUGCCACCACGAUGUUCGAGACCACCGUGGCAUCGACCACCAUGGCACCCACGACCACCAUGGCACCCACGACCACCAUGGCGACCACUGCAGGUGCCACCACCUCCGUAGGCGCCACCGAGCCCACAUCCAGUGCAGUGAACAUGCUGGCCGGUUUUCCCCUGCUGGCAGUGCUGAGCAUUGCCUGA